AUGUCUUUCUGCUGCUGGAUCUCUUCAGCCCUCAAGGGGUUCCCCAGUCGUGUUUUUCUGGCCGUGUUGUUGGUGAGCUGCUCCCGUCCUGACACUGCAGCUGCUGCUGUCUCGGAGGCAGCAGUAGCAUCAUUAUCAGCAGCAACAGAAUUCCCGGAGUAUUGUUUAAAGGAAUGGACUGUGCAAGAAAAACGGUCGCUGCCGCCUCUGAGUGCAGCUGCUAAGGCACUGAAUUUGGAGCUCCAGCAGGUGCAUGCUCUGGUGAGACACGGUGCCAGGGCGCCUUACGAUCGGAAUUGCUGGCAAUGGGGCAGGGCUGCUGACUCCGAUCUGCACAAGAGCAACAGCCGAGAAAGCAGCAGCAACAACAACAACAACACCAGCAACAGCGACACGAACAGCAGCACCGGCAGCGCCGCUGGACACCGCCAUGUUGGCCCCGCCCCAGAUCAAGAUGCCUUGAGAAGCGAUGCUGAGCGAUGUCCUCCAGUGGGGCACCACAGGAACGCGGACUGCGAAGCAGCAGCAACAGAGUAUGGUGGUCCCUCAAAAGGAGCUCAUGCAGAGGAAGGGAGCCCACUUACAUCAGCAGCAGCCGCUGCUGCCGAUGCUGCAGAAGAAAGCAGACCAACACCCUCUUCAGACGUCUCAGUCGAGGAUAGCAGAGGCACCAGUGACGCUAGCAGCAACAGCAGCGGCCUCUUGAUUAACCCCCAAGACGCUUUGUCUGGAGCAGCAGCAGAGUUGGGGCCUCCAUGGGAAUGCGCCUUCCAGGAGGAGCUAGGAAUGAACGACUCCCGGUCGGGUCAGCUGGCGACUCCGUCUCUGCUGAAGAAAUAUGUGGCGAGCCCAACGGAAACGGGUCUUUUUAGAGGCAGUUGUGUUCCCUCCAGUCUCUUAGAUGAAGGACAGGCGCAGCUGCUCCACAUCGGCGCCAUAUUUAACCAGGCCUACGUGACCCCGGCCUCUGUAACUCACAAGCAGCAGCAACAAGCGCAGCAGCAGCAGCAGCAGUUGGUGCAUAAGCUGUUUUCAGCGGAGGAGUUUGGGGCUGCGCCGAGUCGGCGUUUGUUUGUGCGUUCUACAGAUAUAUCCCGGACUCUGGCGAGCGGGGCCUUUCUGCUGGAGGCUUUUUUCAAGAACUCUGGGGUGCCUCCUCAUCGCAUCCAGGUCGAGACCUACGAGGUCACUUCUGACCCACUGCUGUCAGGAUACGCCUCCCCAGCUGUCUCUCAGCUGAGGAGACAGGCUGAAUCGAGUCCCGAAUUCGCUGCCCUCACAGCCAAACACCACAAGACAAAACAAGAACUCCAGCAGCACUUACGUCUGUCGUUGGAGGAGCUCGACGCUCUGUGGCCGGAGGUUAUCGUGGACUGCGCCCUCACCUACGUCUGCAGCGGCAGGAGAAACCUGCUACCUCCCCUGCUGCAGCAAAACAACUUCGCCUUAGUGCCUGAGCUGCAGCAAAUCAACGACGAAAUCACAAACUUCUGGACUGGGUGGGCGGACGCUGCAGCUGCAGCUGCUGCAGCUCACCCUCUUUUCCAAGAACUCGCGGAGAAGAUCCUUGCCCCUAUCCGCAAUAAUCAACAGCUGCGGCAGAAGCAGCAAGGAAGCAAUAGCAGCAGGGCAGCACCAGCAGGCUCCUCAGAGCAAUCAGCCCUACAUCUUUACAUGACUCACGAUGUCACCCUGAUUGCUGUCCUCGCUGCUCUGAAGGUGUAUGGUGGCGUUUGGCCGCCUUAUGCGUCUGUUGUUGCCUUUGAGAUCUACGAGCACUUCCCACAGCAGCAAAACAGCAGCAGCAUCAACAACAACAGCAGUGGGAGGAAAGGCACGAACACGCAUGUCUUCCGGCUCGUAUAUAACGGGAAAGUUCUGACAGCGAGGAUGCCUGGUUGCACCGGAGACGCGCUCCUGGCCCCAGAUCUCUGUAGCUUAGAAGUCCUCAUACGCAUAUUGCUUACCCCCCCGCCUAAGCCCCCUGCGCCUGAAGAAGAGCAUCAACAGCAGCAGCAGCUGCAACUGGAGCAGCAGCAGCAGGAAGGCCGGGGGGAAAAGGGGCAGAAACCUCAACAGCGAGCGGCCAAUUGUCACCAUCCAGAACAGCAGCAACAGCCGCACCAGUUGCAACAACUGCAGCGACAGGAAGAAAUGUAG